AUGACGCUCGCCCGCGCAUCCACUCUCCACCCCAAGCCACUCCCAACGGGCCCACCCCCACCUAUACCAACAUCCUCAGAUGCCCCCGAACAACCAACCCUCAUCUUCCGCACGGGCAAGUCCAUCCGCCGGGCCUUCACCACCCGCCGCAGCAGCCCACAGUCCGCUGAGCGCCGAAAGCGCUCCCAGAGCGCCCGUAUAGAGAUGAUAGGGAAUCCCGUACUGCACCAAGACGAGGAAGGAAAGACCCUAAAAACACUGGCCAAGAUGGGCGUCCACCUUGAUGACGACUUCGGACUCAUACCUGCUGGAGCUGGAGCUGCGGUGCCAGCGGGCGGCGAAGCUGCUGCUGCUGCACAACCACCGGCACUGAGGAAAACGUUAACGAUUCAGCGGAAACCGGUGCCACGGCAUUCGGCGCUGCCGAAGGAGCCGGUCAUCGUGGAGGAGACGAUAGCUGAGGAGCCAGAGCCAGAGGUGGAGUCGGUCAGUGAUGAAGAGUGUAAGAAUUCGAAUCUUACAACGAGGCGGGACAAGCGGCGAGGGUUUGUCUAUUAUGGGUUGGAGGAAGAAGAGACUGAGGUCCCGAGGCCGCCUCCGCAUGUUAUGGAUUGGAAGCUCCAUAAUGUUGAGGAGGAGGACGAGGACGCAGAUGAGGAGGAGAAUGAUGACGAGGAAGAUGAGGAUAAUAUGAGUGGGCAAGAAAGCCCUGUUAGUAGCAGCUGUGCACACGAGGCAGACCCUGUUGACUCGAUACGGUGGAGCUUUUUAGCCCCGUCGAUUAUGGUGAAGCAGGAUACUCUGUGCCUGAAAGUAGCCGAAGAGAAGGAGCCAGUCAAAGAGAAGGAAGAAGUUGAAGUGAGGGAAGCAGCCGAAGAGAGAGAAACAGUUGAAGAGAGGGAAGCAAUCGAAGAGAUGGGAGUAAUCGAUGAAGAGGCAGAAUUCUCGGACGACAGUUCUGAGGGCGAGGAUGUAAAGGAGAUGCGACGAGAACUGGAGUCUGUUGAGAACCUACUCGGAAGCAUAACCGCAUCCUUCGCCCAAAGCUCGACGAGCCAACAAGGGCUGAUGCUGCCAGUGAGGAAUGGCAGUCUAAAGUCUCGAUUUACGGAGUCUCGUGAAGACCUCCAAGAUAAUACGAGAGCCUCCAGUUCAAAUUCCCGAUAUGACGAUGAAUCACCGACGUUGGGUCAUUGCCCGACGUUGAAUAUUAUCAAGCGCAUUGAGGUUGCACGGAACAACAUGGGCAAGAGCGCCGAUACAAUUGAGAGUAUGGAGAAGGCGAUAAGUAGGACCGAAGACAUGAUUGUCAAGAUCAAAGCUCAAACAGGGUACGGACAGAAGACAGGUCUUACCAAGCCUGAACCCCUCCAAACGGCAGAGCCUGCGAGAAGGCCGCCAUUUACCUGCACCGCUGAAGGUCCAGAAGAGUCCUUGCGGGCAGUCCUUUCAUCACCUACUUCACGCAAAUCCUUCUCCGACUAUCUGGACACUACAGGCAAUAGCAACAAUAAACGUGACUCUAAUAUCCUCCGUCUCUGGCUUGCAGCAAGGGCACAUUCGGCCGCUCUUCAAUUUGCAGAACAGCUCGCAGAAGAGAUCAAGUCGACAUGCUGUCAAGAAUUCCCAGAUAUCUUGGAGCCUACGCAGAACGUCGAGGUUUCUAAGAUUGAGGAUACGGUUUUCAAGGAGAUGUUGCACAAGGAGUUCCCUGAGUUCCGCCGCCACUCUCAGAUGCUACCAAAAGGAGUGCAAGAGAGUCUUGAUAAGCUUGUUGCCUCGCCAGCAUUGGAGCCGGAAAUACCGGAGGUGGUGAAGUUGGAGCUUCAACAAAAACCACUUUCGAUCAUUAACCCCGUCGCUGAGCAGGAGCAGCCUGAGCAAAAGCAGCAGCUCGAACAGAAGCAGCGCCAGAUUUAUCCCGUCUCCGCCGAUAAGACUGUGAUAGACUCCAAGAAAGAGGUUAUGUUAGACUCUCUCAUUAAGCCGGUUCCUUCUACAGGGCCGGCCCCUGUUAUGAAAGUUUCCGGCGGACAACAAAGGAAGAUUCAGCUGAGCGCAUCCAAGCAUCGUUCUUUCCACGCCGUUCAGUCUUUCAAGGUGGACGAUGUCGCGGAUCAGAUCCCGGAACUCCCAAAGAUCCCCUUGGCAUAUAGGAAUUCGGCCCCCAGUACUGUCAAUAUGCCUGUCCUUAAAUCGGCGGUUGCUGUCGUUGAGCAUGCCGGGGUUGUGGAAACAACAGAAGCUUGUACAGCUACUAUUGCUGACACUCCCGCGCUCAAUAGCAAGCAAAAUGAGGGCAAGAAGACACUGGCGGACAUUGUCAGGAACGAGAUUAUGGAUAAAGCCGAGUCGACGCCUGAGACUGAGAAGUUUGACUUAGCUGCUAUGGGUAUUGUGAAGAGGAACCGUGCUGCACUCAUGCAGAGGAUGGCAGCUUUGGAGGGUGCGAAGAUUUAG